AUGUUGAUCUCGUGUACUCAUCUUUUACCCUGCAAGACAGCAGAGAAUGAGAUGGCGAAUCAGAAAGGGAACCUAAACUACGCCAUAGUGAUGUCAUGCAAGAUUCCCAGAAAGGGAAUGUAGUAUGUGGUUUUUUAUAACUGCUUCUUCCACUUAGUACAUGUUUUUAAGGAGUUAAAGUUCCUCGUAAUUUUCGCUUGUUGGAAGAACUUGAAGAAGGACAAAAAGGAGUGGGCGAUGGUACGGUUAGCUGGGGCCUUGAAGAUGAUGAAGAUAUGACACUUACAAGGUGGACAGGCAUGAUUAUUGGGCCACCAAGGACAAAUUAUGAAAACAGAAUAUAUAGCCUGAAAGUAGAAUGUGGACCUAAAUACCCAGAAGCUCCUCCAUCAGUUAGAUUUGUAACCAAAAUUAAUAUGAAUGGAAUAAAUAAUUCCAGUGGAAUGGUGGAUGCACGGAGCAUACCAGUCUUAGCAAAAUGGCAAAAUUCAUAUAGCAUUAAAGUUGUACUUCAAGAGCUAAGACGUCUAAUGAUGUCCAAAGAAAAUAUGAAGCUUCCACAGCCACCAGAAGGACAAACAUACAAUAAUUAAUUUUAGUGGAUCUUAAACUUGUCUUAAAUCAACAACCUUCUACUCAUGUUAAUGUCUUGAUUAAAUAUCACAAUACAAAAUACCCACACAUUAAGUAAAAGAAUCCCAGCUGAUAAACAUGACCUGGACAUUUUAAAGAAUAUAAUUAAUAUAUGUACACCCAUUUUGUUUUCAGGUAACAAGAGGAAAAAUGCAGCACAAUUUUUUUUCUCUUGUUAAGGCUUUGUCAUUGAAGCAUAAACCUAGAGUGCUCAAAAUUGAAUUCAGGUUUAUAAGAUGAAAGCAUGACUAGAAGUAUCGGAUGGCUUUGGAAGCAUGUGUAUUUCUGAAAAGUGAAAAUCUCAAGAAGGAAAAGCUAAAUAGCAUGCUUUGUCCAUCUUGCUUAGAAAAAGAGAUACAGUUUAAAUUGUCUAAAGUAGCAGGUAUAAUGAAUAUUGUCACAAAUUGUAUUAAUUUUUGAAGCGGUGUGGGUGCUGACUACUAGUAGUAUCAAAAAUAUGUUCAGGAUUGUUUUGAUACUUGUAUUUAUAAUAAAAAAAAUGUCGUGGGGAAGAGGUCGAUCAAUUUCUGUUAAAAGCAGUUCCUGUGUGUUACAUGUAACAGACAUGGUAAAUAUUUGUUUACAGUCUUUGUUUGACAAACCAUGCAUUUAAGUGAAAUCAACAAAAAGGAAAUAGGUAUAUGGAUAUGUGAUUUUGAGAUUUUAAAGUUAGUCUUAAAGUGUAAAUAAAAUGUGAAAUGUGUCCUCA